AUGUUUUUCAAUAUGCCUCAAGAGAACAGCUUCAGAUCUGUAAACACCAUUUUUAUAAAAUCCUUUUCGCCAAUUUUUUCUAAGUCCCAUCCUCAACCUAUCAGUCAAAGAAUAAAUUCAUGGAGAGGUUCUUUCCAUGUCGCUAGAAAUCCAUAUUCGUCUUCCCUCUUUACCGUUUGCUAUCCACGAAAGUUCAAUCAAUCCUCCCAAUCUUUUUUAGUUCCAUCCAGUUUUAUUGGGCCGUCAAGUAUCUUUUGGAUUGCACUUUGGAAGGCCCAAAUAACCGCAAAAGAUUCUUCCUGUCUUUUUCGAAACCGUCUUUUAAAGGAUCUAAUUUUUCUUCAAAUUUUGAAUGAAAUAAAUAUAAAAACCCAAAGUAGAAACCCUUUCUUUGAUUCGCCUCGAUCAACGUCUGCUGUGGGGAAGCGCGAAGUCACUUUCGAAAACACCCAACUUGAAGACUUGAAACGCUUUUCGAAACCUUGCUCUGGCUCUGUAAAUAGCAGAGCUCUUGUCAAAGUUCCAAAUAAAUUAGCGGCUCUCAAACCUGUUCUAUCAUCACUAGAAAUCCCACACAAAUCUGCAGUUAUGGCAAAUUCUCUCGAUUCUUCUUCAUUCUCUUAUAACCAACAAACUAUCUUAUUCAACAAAGAAUUGCUAACGUCAUCCUACGUAUCACUCUGGCUUGCUGAUUUUGCUUCAUUCACCCAACAAUCCCAACAUGUUUUGAAUUACGACAUAAGCAUCUCGAAAACUAUACAAGGAAAAAACCCUUCGCCAAUUUACCCAAAAAAACAGACUUAUCAAAAGUCGUCACAUUCCUUCUUUCCUAUCCCAAAGAACUCGUACUAUAUUAGUCUUCUGCUCACAUUUUUGCUUUACUUCCAAGUUGCCGUAUACUCAUUAAAGGAUUUCAUGGGAUUCUCCUUUAAUUCUCUCCCAGGAUACAUCUUUAACGUCUUUUAUUCCACAUGCGAAGAACAGUUUAGCCAGUUGGCACUGUAUAUUCAGCACUACCUGCAUUUUCUCACCUUAAACAAUCAAUUAAAGGAUUGUUGCUUCCUACAAGUAUCGUCGCUCAAUUCGAUCAAAGCUUUCUAA